UUUAUAUCCCAAGAGAAGCAAUUACGCUUAUAAUAGCUGGGCAACUGUGUAAACUGAUGACCCUUCAUGGCGUGUGAACUUAAGUGAAGAAUAGGGAAACUUUUCUUCUAAAGAUCGUCUCGCAGUUCUAGGAAAGUAAGGUAAGAUCAAUGGAGCAGGACUAUUCUGUACCAUGGGGUGCCUUGCACGAGCUGAAACUGAUCGUUUUAUUUUGACAAGCGGUGCUAUUGCGGUAAGACAGUUGACUUGUGUGGCUUGCUGUGCAAUGACCCUUUAAAAAAACCACAAAAGACCUUUUUACAACACUGGUGCCAACUUUAAUUUUGCUGAAUUUUGUCGCUUUCCCGAAGUUUCGUUUUGGAGACGUUGUGCAGACGGUGACCACCUCUAAGAUAUAAGUUGAAGUAUCAAAUUUCCUCAACAAACAGAACAACGGAAACAAAUUUGGGAUCUAUCUGAUUUGAGACUAGAUGACUUCAUGAUUGGCAUGGUCCAAUGGAAACAGUUAAAGUUUCUCUGUUAUAUCCUUAAGGGAGGGGGUACUGCCAUAAAUUUUGGAUAGGCCGCCUGCUGCCUCGAGUAGCCUGUGCCAGGCUUUCAGAUAGUUGGGUAGCCUACGAGCAAGCUCUCCAUUCGGGGAUAUAACCCGGGGGGGGGUACUCCCAUACAUUACCUAUACGGGUAUGUGCCGCCCAAAGGGGUCGUGAUUUUGAAGCUCCUGAUUUAGAACGGGGUAUCCAUUUCAGAGGCGUUUUCUAGAACGGGGUAUAAAAAAUUGAGGAUCACUGCUUUAUCUUCUGCUUAAAAUUGUUGCUGAUUAUGAAGAAGCGUUUAUUUGAUGUAUAAGUCGAACUAAUAAAGAAAUACCUUUUAAAAAAACGGGGCUAUUUCAAUUUACAAACUUUCGAGAACGGAGUAUAAAAAAUUGGCCCAUUUCUAGAACAGGGUAUCAGUUUUAGGGCGAAUUCUAGAAUGGGGUAUAAAAAAUUGGCCCAUUUCUAGAACGGGGGUAUCAAUUUUAGGGGAAGUUUUUUUAUAACGGGGUGCCAAUUUAGAGUCCCGGGCGGCACAUACCCACCCAAAUAAUACCCAAGUGCCCCCCCCCCCGGGGGAUAUCCUGAGAAGUAGACAUGCGAGUUGGGACAUUGUGUAAAAAAGACAAGCCAAGUGAAAAUAAAGUCCCCACAUGUUUUCUUGCAUCACUUUUUACUUCUUGACUGCACUGUCUUAGAGCCUUGAACAAGCUAUGCCCAGAGCCUUUUGGUCUGCUGCUUUUUAAGGAAUUGCUAUCCAGCUUAAGGCCCAAACCCGAAAAAUGACACCCUAUUCAAAGAGGAAAAGAUACAUAUUUAAUAGCAGCACACAAACCUUCAUUGAAUCCUUUCCUAAUACUCUGAGGAACAGCUCAGUUUUAUUUGUGUUUCUCAUGUGGCUGGGAAUUUAUACACUUGAAUUUUAGCUGAUGCAAUUCAUGUACCCCUUAUCUAAGAAACACAUCAGGAACACCAUGCCAAAAGAGGUAAAAUGUUCCCUUUUUAAGGAUUGAGACCCUCAAGAAUCAUACCAUAUCUUGGGGGCACAUACCUAUCUUAUAGCCCACAUAACCCCUGGGGUUAAAUCUCUAGUCUCAAAAAAGCACCCCUUAUAAGCCCCAUGCUUACUAUCGAACAAAUCUAUUUUUGUUUUUUUUUUUACAAAGAGGAAUCUUGCAAGUAGGAUGAUAUUUUACUUUUAAAAAUGAUUCAUCAAGAAAUGUGAAAUGAUUUCAUUUCCAUUAUGGAUGCCCCUUGGGGGAGGUACUUUAGAAAUGUUUGGGUAGGGAUGUGACACUGGGAUGGCGGAACCCUUAGGCUACACCAGACCUAGUUUUGCUGAAUUUUUCUACCCAGCUAAACUAGACUAAAUGCCCAAAAUCUCUCCCUAUCCUAGAGUUGACACUCUCUUUGCUAUUAAACUGAGUUACGCGUAAACUAUGAUUUGCGGAUUUCAUUUUUUAAAUAAUUUGUCAAUUCCUGGUUUCCCUAGUCUAGCCUAAAAUUUUCAACCAAUUGCUUAGUUUCCUGGAAAAUUACACCUUAUUCUAGACCCAAACUCUCUGAUCUCUAUACCUUAUCCCUGACUAAGUUUCUUAAAAAACCAUACCCUUCACAGUGGCUCACACCUAUAUAUCCCAUACACUGUAUAUGGUAAUAUCCCUACUGCUUGGAUGCCCUUUAUGCCACAAAUGAGGUGUGGGAUAUCUAGUGCAUCCUUUUGUUUUCUUAAUUGAUACUGUUUUUUUUUAAGGAUAAUAUUUUUCUAUUUUAGGUUUUGUAAUUUUUGUAUAUUGCCAGUUCCAUCAAGCCAUGCCUUCAAGAGUGUCAUGGAAGUCACUAAAGCCCACUAUAGAGCCAGUGAUUUUUCUUUACGCAUAUGGGCUUUUCAUGCACUUACCAGUCAUACAGCAAUUUAUCUACAAACGAGUCAGUGAGGCUAAAGGUUUUCCUUAUACUACUUCAUCAAAAGACAGCGAUUCUUGCAGUAAGCAGAAACUCAACUCUUCUCUUGAAGAAUUGGAAAAAGAGGUGAUGAUUUUAGAAAUCAAUUACAAGUAAUGAUAUUAUUGUUUCAAUUAUCUAAAGUUGUGUAUAAUUGAAAAAAAUGAAUUCUUGGCAGGGGUUUAAAUAGAGUCUAUUAAUGUUCUGUGAAGAUUUUGCAAUCCACAUUAUUACUGAAUGUCAUUUUCUUUAUUAGGUGCAGUCUUUGUCUUCAUACAUACACUUGGGAAUGGUUAUGUUUGCAUCAAUUCCUUCCUUGGUUACUGCGCUUUUUAUUGGGGCAUGGACAGACAUGGUGGGACGUCGACCUGCCUUAGCAUUACCAGCAAUUGGAAGUUCCAUUGAGGCUGUUAUUGUGCUAUUAACAAUGUACUUAAAGUGGCCAAUUUAUGUGCUGUUUGUGGGAAGUGCUAUUAAUGGCUUGUGUGGAUUCUUUACUACAGUGGCGAUGGCCACGAUGGCAUACAUCGCUGACACCACAAAUGAGUCUGACAGGAGUUUUCGUCUUGGUAGGUGUAUAAUUGACCUCAAUUUGCAUAAAUAGAAUACAGUCAUGAACACCCAUCUAGUCAAGGCAAAAGGCAAAGGCAAAGUCAGUUGCGAGGGACAUAACCAGCCCAUAGACCUGUAGGCCCAGGCCUACAAAUUUUUGGUUUGAUCACUCUACGGCUUCUAAUAUGAAUUAUGCAUUGUUGGGUUGAGCUAAAAAGCUUAUGGGCUCAAAGAGUUGUUGAGGUCGGUGCAUACUAAUGGUGUCUUGCAAUUAAUAGACUGCUUGAAUUUUGUGAGUUUAGCAUCUAUUAGUCAUGGAAGUAAUGGUUAAAUCCGCCUUCUCUUUUCUGCAGCUUUCAUGGAAUUCUUAGUGUUCACAGGAGGAAUGGUUAGUCAACUAACUAGUGGACUAUGGAUUGAACACCUUGGUUUUAUCGGGCCCUAUUGGUUCAUCUUAGCCUGCCUUGUCUCUUCUGUACUCUAUGUCAUUUUUUUCGUCCCCGAAUCGAGAGCUACAUCUUCUGAACACCAAUCAAUCUGCAGUCUCUUCAGCUUUGCGAGCAUCAACAGAGUGUGGAAUGUCUACAAGAAUCCGAGAAACGGAGCAAGAAGAAACCUGAUCGUCUUCACGUUUUCCUCGGGUGUGAUUGUCCUCACUACUCUUGGUAUUGGUGGGGUUAUGGUGCUGUAUGUGCUUCAUUCUCCAUUGUGUUUCUCUGCAGAGCAGGUUGGCUAUUUCUCUGGUUACAGGUUUUUUCUGCAAGGCUUUGGCGCUGUUCUUGGAGUCAAGCUGUUGGGAAUGUGUCUCACUGAAAUUAACAUUAUUAGAGUUGGUAUAUUUUCUCUUGCUGUGGCUUUAAUGAUGUUUGGAUUCUCAAAAGCUACCUGGCUAGUGUAUUUGGGUAAGCGUUUACGUGCAUUUGGAACAGAGUGUAUGAUUUGCUUAUUCUCCAAAACUUAGAAUUAUCUUAAUGCCUAAUUUAGUAAUACUUGUAUUUAAUUUAAUACAACAAUAUUUGCUACAGGAACGAAUUUUUUCGCCUCGCAAUCGUCACCCGUGCCAUGCUCUCCGACAGUAGGGAGGUAACGAAAACAAGCCAAGCGAAAUAUGACGCACGUGAAUAUUGGCCCUGGGCUUUUUUCGCAUUGGUUUUAGUACCAGGGUCUCUGCCAGUACUUGAGUACACUAUAUUCGCGUUUUUAAUUAUCAAACUUGGUCGCGCAGUUCGUUGAAAAUGUUAAAUUUAGGCGAAUUUACCUGGAGUUGAUUUCUUGGGGACCGCACUAAGAGAAAAAUUCGUCGUCGCUUGUUUACGUGCUCCAUAAAAAAAAUGACAUUAGAAAUUUUUACGUCGUAGGCGUGCAGCGAUGGCAAAGAAAUGUACAGAAAAGCGUGAUGCACGUGAAAUGUUUUUUUUUUUGCUUAAUAAACCCAUUACGUUUUUGAUGUUCCCGUUGCCGUCGCCGUCGUCGUUGCUAAACCCCCCUAAUAUCUUGGAACCUGGAACAGGCUGUCGUUCUCCCUGUGCAUUAUACUGUAAAAGAACAAAGUACAAAACAAAACACAGCAGAUCAAGUCAGUGACGUCAAAAAAGAAAAACAAAUGUUAGCACGUCAAGCGUUAUGUCUAGACAGAAAGUUGGAGCCCGUAUCAAUGGAAAUCAAAUUCGCUGAACUACAAGAAAUACCGUGAUUCACAGUUAAGUGAGCCGGUGAAAAAACGGAAAUCGUUAUCUUUGACCCCCCCCCCCCCCCCCCCCCAAAAAAAAAAAAAAAAAAAAAAAAAAAACAGGAAUUCGAAAUCGUCCGUAUACGGUGGGGAAACCCGACCUCCCACUAAACCUCCCCCUCUCGUGAGGUGAUGCCCGAGGCUAACAAGAAUUAAUCUUGAUUGAUGAGCGCGGGAAUUUUUCCAUAUUAGCCAUUCAACCUUUUUUAAUACUGAAUUUCCCCAACUGCUCCAAUAGGAAAAACAAAUUGGGAAAGAUUAACGCGUUACAGUAAACUCUAAGAGUCAUGUCCGUCUUAAAAAGAGUCAAAUAAAGGGAGUAAAGAAAGCAGGGACCAACUCUAGGUAUCCGUGUUACAGAGGUGUCCGUUUAGGGAGAGUCGACUGUAUUACUAAUCUCCUUCUGAGAUCCUCUUUCAGCGCCUUUGGCCGGUGUAUUCAGCGGGGCUGCUGUUCCCAUUUUCCGUGGAAUGAUGUCAAGAAUAGUUGGUGCCGACGAACAAGGUAUCUCUCCUUACCUCACUGUGUUGUGUUUCCCUUUAGUAAUGUAGUAACAAGGUUUAUAACGAGGUCGACCAAUCUCGUACGCAGGUCUUCGCUUCUUUGCUUCACGGUAAGGCGGGAAAAAGAGCGAGUUUACAGGUCAACAUUCUCGGAUGAUAGCUCAAAAAAGCCGUAUUGCCUCUCUCUCCACCCUUAAAGGGGCUAUUUGCUAUCUUCUUGACUUGAAAGGCUUAAACCUGUCUUUGCAUCAAUUGAAUUCCACCCAAAAAGGUAUACUUUGUUAUGUAAGAUCAUGAUCUUUUAGGCACUGAAACUAUUUCCUCACUGUCGUUUAUUGCUACGGAUGACAAGGAUGGACAGGGAUUGAAUUGAAAAGUUAGGCCAACUUUUUCAAGUUUUAAUGUAACGCCUGCAAAAAUCCCCAAUAAAAUAUUAUGGUUUGCUCACUAAGCAGGGGCACCCAACGAUAAUAUAGUUCGAAAACCACUUAAACAUAGCAUUGUUACAAUUAUUUUAGUAUUUAAACAGUAUAUAGAGGCAUAUUUUUAUCCCCUAAAAAGUUUUCUUCUGUUCGGAUUUCCUAGCUGAAAGUCUAGUAAUCCGAAAAUUAUAGGGAUCAAAACUUACCUUUUCGAAAAUUUCAGCCAGAAAAAAGGCUCCCAAAAAUUAUAGAUGAGCUUUUUAGGGUAAAAAUCCGUUAAAAAUGGGCAAUUAUACCAUUUUUUAGAUGUUCGAAAAUCCUAGGAGAAGCAGGCAAGCAAGAAAUUUUACAACAAAUGUUCCGAAAAUUCUAGAUGUCAAAUCUUCUUCCGAACAGAUAUUUUCCGAAAAUUGACGUUGGGUGCCCCUGAAUAAGUAAUGGCUUCGGCACAGAAAUGCCCUAAAAUUAACAGCAAUAUCCUCUCGACAAAGCCCCUUUAAGUUCAUUGCGUUUUUUACCUUCAGUAAUAGUAAUGUGUUUUACUCUCACUUUCAGGGGCGCUGUUUUCUGCCACCGCAUCUCUGGAAACCUUGUGUAAUUUUCUUGGAGCUUUUAUCUUCAACUCUAUGUAUCCUGUAUCACUCAAGUUUGAAUUUCCUGGUUUUGUGUUCUUCCUCGGGACCGUGAUGUUAAUAAUACCUGUGCUGCUCAUGUGGUAGGUUGCAGACCCACAAAAUAAAAAACAUGAGAAUCGUAUCACUUGUACAUCUGAUGGGCUGGGUUUUUUUUUCAACUUUUGACUGCGACCAACUAGCGAAAAUCCAUCAACACGACGAAAAGAAAAACGCCCCUGAAACCAGUAAAGCGCCGAGUUUCCCGGAUUGUGCCAAGUUUCCCAGAUUGCUGUUGACAGUUACCCUGUGUUCAACUGAUCGUUUGCUUAAAAAGGCAUGAAAACGAGGUUAAGCAGGGUUACGCUCCUUUUGGUCUCGUCUCCAAUUUGGCGCCACUGUCUUGACCAAUCAGAAGCCAAUUAUUUGUUUGCACGCGUCUUCCCGCGUUUUUCAUCGGCUACCGAACUGUAUGUAUUUGCCCCCAGAGUUCGUGUUCUGAAUUUUAUUUUUUGAUUGUCCGUAUCUAUUGUGAUUAUUAGGUACUUGUGGUAAUUUAACUAAAACUAAUGUAAUUAAUAACAGGCAUGGUGAAUCCUGAAUAUAAACCGUUAUGAUCCGUCGAGGCGGCAGGUAGGGAGUAGGUUUUGGCUUGAAAAGUCACGCGAGAGUUUUAGUAUCAAGGGUUUUAAUUUCUAAUUUUUUUGAUUUAUCAGUUGUUUAAGAAACCCAGCAAGCUUCCUGUCGAAGAAGGACUUGUGUCGGUCAACACAGAAAGACAACAUGGCGGACAGUUUACUGACUGACCCUGUCAGCGCCGUCAUUGAAUCAAGUGGAACCCCAUUACCCAGUCCUACCCUGACAGAAGACGGUUAUGAAACAAUGGGGUGAUACUGCGUUCGUUAAGUUUACAACUGAACUUAAUUUGGAAGCGUUUUGACCAGAGGGAAGUAAAAAUAUGAGCUGCACUGACCACAUGAAGAGGCUGCUCGAAAAUGAUCGUGAACAGAAGAGAUUAUCCAUUUAGAAAGAAAUAGAUGCUAUUCUUUAAAAUUCUAUUAAUAGUCUUUCUCUUUUGAUGUGAUAGAAAAUGCUAAAGAAAAUAUCGUUUUUGGUUUACAUCAAAUUACUAUAUUUCCGUAUGAGCUAUUGUAGCUAACAAUGUAAAUAUAAUGUCCCGGUAAAUAAACUGGCAUGAAAUGCUACUUGGCAUUUUUCACAAAAGAGAUGGGGAGAAAAUGAAACUGGAUGGUCGUCCAUGCUAGUACAUCGGGCAUUUGUAAAUUACACUAAUAAUUCAGUAUUGUAAGCAAUAAAAAUUGGUAGCGUUACUUGUUGUAAUUGUGUCAAUAACUAGGCGGGUUAGGACGUUUUUUGAAAGUGAUAUUUCGUGGCCCUAGGCUACUUUAAAACGUAACUAUAAACACUUUGGUUAAAAAUAUGUGCUACCAAUACUACUUAUAUAUGUCAUAUAUAACUGCAAGCAAGUCGAACUGAUUCUUACUUCAGCGACCAAUGAAAAUGUAGAAUUAUAAAUAAUUUUUUUGAAAUAAAAUCACCUUCUUCUUCGACAAAAUUGUUGUUCUGCAGUCACCUUUUCUACUUUGAUGUUAUGCAAUGUACAUCGCCGAACAUUUUUUAUAAUCACUUUAAACACAAUGCAUUAAACUAAACGGCUGUUUUGGAAUCAUGCCCACGCUACCUCAAGCUUAAUCACAGCGUAAACAACUUCAAAAUUGACAAUCAAGACCUGAGUAUACGAUAAAAUAUAGAGAGGCCGAAGAACCUUUUGGUCCGCCCAUUUUCAUUUAAUGCCGCUUUGGAUUGUAUCCUACUUGCGGGAGCGCCAGCGCAUCGAACGUUGUCACGUGAGCUUUCCGUCCGCCGUACUAUACCUGAAACUUGGGAAUAAAACCGCCCCUCCCCCCAGCCAUAACACCAUGACAUAACUCUUGGGAUAUAGCUUGAAUUGAUAUGUUAUUUUAGCAAUAUUUAUAAUAACUACUUGUAAUGACAUACAUUCAUUUUUAAGAACCUUCGCUGCCGCUUGUCUGUGGUAAACGAAACACCAGCUACGUCGUAAGAGGGAACAUCAGCUCCCCUCGCGCCUGGCCGUGGCAGACUGGAAUCAAGCUGUCCAAUGACAAGAUACUAUGCGGGGGAUCUUUGAUCAAUAAAAAAUGGGUGCUGACCGCAGCACAUUGUGUUUAUGGGCUGUUCAGAGGACUUACGGUUGACUCUACAGGAUGCGUAGUUCCUCGCAAGCAAGUCACUUUGAUAUUUGGGGAGUUAGAUGCCAGAAACAUUGAUGGGUACGAGGUCCACAAAAGUAAGUUGUAUACUUAUAACACCACCGUUAUAACUGUGGCGGAACUUUUCACACCUUCCGCUUAGUUCAACUUUCCACUCCACACCUCCACUCAUUUUCAUGCAUUCCAAGUUACGUCCAUUUUUGAAAGUUUUACCGCUUUUAAAUGCCGACGAUUCAUCGUGACUUCAUUGGGUAAAUUUGCCUUCGAUCUUACUCACAGGAGCGGUAUGAACAAAUUGAAUUCAAAAGUUGAAAGAGCUGCCGGUUAACUGCAGUUAUCUGUGUACUUUGCAGCUAUAUGUCACCAUAUUAAGGACAUAUCAGAAAUGAAAACCUGCAUAAUUAAUUACUGGUAAAUACUGCCUUACAUUCUUUGUCCACUUUUUGGUUUUUUAAAACAGACGUUUUUCAAAAGUAUUGAUUUAACGGGCACAAAUUUUCAAGGAUAGCUUAUUGUGCCAUGUUUUUUUGCUGCCUCUUUUAAGACUUUUUCACUGCCUCUUUGCUUGCUAGUUUUAUACCUUGAUCACAGAUCUAGUGAUGUGCGUGCGCUGAUAAGCAAAACUGAAUUGCAAACAGAGUCUGCCAUUGCUCUUGACGAUUAUUAGAUGUAAUAACUCAAUAUUUUUAGGAUUAAUAUGUGAUAACCUCUGUGUUUUUUACAGACAUUUCCAAGAUCUGUCCACACUCGAAUUACAACCACCUGACUCUGGAUUACGAUAUUGCGCUUCUUCUAUUGGAGUCUCCACUACUCGCCUUUAACGACACAAUGAGUCCCGUAUGUCUUCCAACGAGUCUAACUAGUUUUCCAUCCGGGACCUACUGCUGGGUAACCGGUUUCAGCAAGAAGAGACGCACCAGACGAGACACCAAUCUGCUACGACAAGCCGAACUACCCCUGCAACCGCUGAGCUAUUGCAGGCAGCAAUAUCCAUUUUACACUAUAACCUCCCGGAUGCUCUGCGCUGGGUUUGAGGACGGGGGGAUUGACAGUUGCCAAGGAGACAGCGGAGGCCCGCUUGUUUGCCAAGAAAUAGAGAGCGGAAAAUUUGUGCAAGUGGGCGUGGUCAGUUGGGCUAGCGCAUGCGCACAACCUGGGCAACCAAGGGUGUAUACUGACGUGAAAUAUCUUCUUCCUUGGAUUCACAAGAUCAUACGUUAA